AUGUUUACUUUAGCUGAUUCUAAAGUCGCUGAAGCAACAACAGCUUCGUCGAUAGGGACAAGCAAGAAAUUGACGUCCAAAAAUCGUCCAUUAAAAACAACUUCAAUGACAUUAAUUGAUGAAUUAAAAAAUUCGAUAAAUCCAUCAUCUACUUCUAAACAAACUGUUCUUUCACCUCCUAGUCGUUCAUUAUCUCGUUCUCGGUCUCGCUCACGGUCACGAUCACGUUCUCGUUCACGCUCUCGAUCUCGAUCCCGUUCACGUUCACAUUCUCGCUCUCGUUCUCGAUCAUCAUCGUCAUCAUCAUCAUCUUCAUCACGUAAACGACGUAGUCGAAGUCGACAUCGAUCAUCUAAACGACGUUCAAACAAACAUCAUUCACGACGUCGUUCAAAUAGUUACGAUGAUGAUAAUGAAUAUGGUGAAAAUAAUAAUAAUAACAAUAAUACUCAUAAUAAUAAUAAUAAUAAUUAUCCACCAGCUCCAAUGCAUUAUCAAUCACAUCAUCAUUAUCCUCAUUCUCAUCAUCAACCACAUUGGCAACAAACAAGACAAUCUGGUGGUUUAUUACCAGGGCCACCACCGCCACCACAACCUUAUGGACAUCAACAAACUGUACCACCUCUCUUACCAAGUCAUCCAUAUUAUCCGCCAUCAAAUCGAUCUAUGAUGCAUCCAGUUGAACCAACAAGUGGUGCUGGUAGAUUCAAUUUUUUACAAAAUCAUCAUCAACGUCAUCAUGCACCACUUAUGCAACCGCCUUAUUAUUCACAACCACCACCACCACCACCACCUCAACCUCAACCUCUAAUGCAAUCUGGAUCACGUAGUCAUCAUCAUCCACUAAAUCGAUACCCACCACCUACUCGACCACCAUUCGAAUUACCACCACAUCCUAUAGCAAUGGGAAAUGUUGGACCACAUUUACCAAAUUCGAAUUAUAAUCAAUAUAAGUAUGAAUCUGAAGAACGUCUUGCUAUGAGAAGAACAAAACGUGAUACAACAAUGACAGGAGCAAAUGCGAAUAAUAAUCGACGGGGUGGAUCUCAACAAACAGAAACAAAUGGAAAAAAGAAAAUAAAUAAUCCAUUAAAGUCAAAUAUAAAAUCUUCUGGUAAUUUUCUAACAUAA